GAGACGUUUUCCAUAUGAUUAAAAUAUAAUUAAUAGAUGAUACGGAAAAUAUUCCUCAGGGGCCUCAUAGAGUUAGUGUAUAAAAAUUUCCUAAAGCAUAGCGAUGGCCAAAUUCAUCAGAACCUUUCUAUUUGUCGUAACCGAACUCCUUAUAGUAUUCCCACCAUCAUCACUUCCAACCGAUACCAUAACACAAUUUGAGUCACUCCGUGAUGGCAAUACCUUGGUUUCUGAAGAUGAAAGCUUUGAGAUGGGUUUCUUCAGUCCCAGUAAUAACUCAAACCGCUACCUUGGAAUUUGGUACAAAGGAAUUCCAGUUAAAACUGUUGUUUGGGUUGCCAACCGUGAAAAUCCGGUCAAAGACAACUCCAGCAAAUUGAGCAUCAACUCUGAAGGAAGACUUAUAAUCCUCAGCCAUAACAAAACUCUUGUUUGGUCAGCAAACUCCACAACACAGAGGCAAGUAGUGAGACCAAUUUUGCAACUUUUAAACUCAGGAAACUUGGUCCUAAGAGAAGAAAAAGACAAGGAUUUCAAAAACUAUUUAUGGCAGAGCUUUGACUAUCCAUCCGAUACAUUUUUACCAGGGAUGAAGAUUGGUUGGAAUCUGAAAAGUGGCCUUAAUAGGCAGUUAUCAGCAUGGAAGAAUUGGGAUGAUCCUUCUCCAGGAGAUUUAACUUGGGGACUUGUACUUGGAAGCACUCCUGAGUUGGUUAUGUGGAAAAACACUACAGAGUACUAUAGGAGUGGUCCAUGGAAUGGGGAAAGAUUUAGCGGCAAAACCACUGCGCUUUUCCAAUUAGAAUUCGUGUCCACCAGUGAUGAGGUGUUUUACACAUACAACCUCAGCUCAGUAAUCACAAGAGUCAUUCUAAACGAAUCCGUUUAUUCACGUCAGCGGUAUAAUUGGAUCCCAGAGAACCAGACUUGGCGGCUAUAUUCAUCCGUGCCUCGCGACAAUUGUGAUAACUAUAAUCUUUGUGGCGCUUAUGGUAACUGUCUUGUGAAUGAGUCACCACCCUGCGAGUGUCUAACAGGUUUCAAGCCGAAAUUAUUCAGAAACUGGGAGGCAUUGGACUGGACUCAAGGAUGCGUGCAAAGUGAAGAAUGGAGGUGUCAAGCGAAAAAUAAAGAUGGUUUUCAGAAAUUUAGUGGGUUGAAAAUGCCAGAUACUACCAAGUCUUGGGUGAGUAGGAAUUUGACACUUGAUGAUUGCAGGGUCAAGUGCUGGGAGAAUUGUUCUUGCACUGCCUAUGCAAAUUUAGAUAUCAGAGGAGAAGGUAGCGGGUGUCAGAUUUGGUUUGGAGAUUUAAUGGAUCUCAGGGUUGCUUCAGUUUCGGGCCAAGAUUUGUACAUUCGGAUGCCUGUAUCACCAACUGGUUCCCCCAACAAAACAACUGCAAAUGAAGAAAGUUUAAAGGGUGGACAAAGAAAAAAACUUGUUGUGGCAAUUCCAGUUAGCUUUCUCCUGGUUAUUAUGAUUGUUUUGACUUUCAGUUACUGUUAUUGGAGGAAAAGAAAGCUUAAAGAAAAAAUAGGAAACAUAUCACAAGAAGAGGGAGACAAAGUCCAUGAAGACAAAUUUGAACUUCCAUUCUUUGAUUUUACAACAAUAGUUCGUGCCACUAAUAAUUUCUCAAGUGAUAAGAGGCUUGGCCAAGGUGGUUUUGGGCCCGUGUAUAUGGGUAUAUUAAUCAAUGGGCAAGAAGUUGCAGUCAAAAGGCUGGCGCAUAAAUCUGGACAAGGAGCAAGAGAGUUUAAGAAUGAAGUUAUAUUAUGUGCCAAACUUCAACAUCGCAAUCUUGUUAAGGUUCUUGGUUGUUGCAUCCACGGAGAAGAGAGAAUAUUAAUCUAUGAAUAUAUGUCCAAUAAAAGUUUAGAUUCUUUUCUUUUUGAUUCUUCUCAAAGGGAGCUCUUUGAUUGGCCUAAACGAUUUAACAUCAUAUUCGGAAUUGCUCGUGGACUUCUAUAUCUUCACCAAGAUUCAAGAUUGAGAAUUAUACAUAGAGAUCUUAAAACAAGUAACAUUUUAUUGGACAAUGAAUUGAAUCCAAAAAUUUCAGAUUUUGGAAUAGCACGAAUGUUUACUGGAAAUCAAAUAGAAGCAAAUACAAAAAUGGUAGCAGGGACAUAUGGCUACAUGGCACCAGAAUAUGCAAUUGAGGGAAUAUUUUCUAUCAAAUCUGAUGUUUUUAGCUUCGGAAUAAUAUUAUUGGAGGUGGUAAGUGGACGAAAAAAUACAGGAGUUUUUUAUCCUAAUCAUGGAUUUAAUCUUCUUGGACAUGCAUGGAGAUUAUGGAAAGAGAAAACUCCAAUGAAACUAGUAGAUGCUUGUUUAGGAGAUGCUUUUACAAUAUCAGAGGUUCUACGUUGCAUACAUAUCGGUCUUUUAUGUGUACAAUUGCAUCCUGAGGAUAGGCCAAACAUGACAUCAGUGCUUUUGAUGCUCAAUAGUGAGAAUACAUUGCCUCAACCAAAAGAACCUGGUUUCAUUAUAGAAAGGAUGUCAAUAAAUGAAGGAAACACUUCAUCUGAAAAUAAGAUUGAUUCUUCAACUAAUGAAAUAACUGCCACAUCGUUAGAGGCCAGAUAAAGUAUUAUUUUCCUAGUGUUGCUUAGCUAGAAUGUGAAAACGUUAUGUAUCUCUAGUUCAUAUUCAUCACAAAUUCAUCAUAUUGUUAAAAGUCUAGCGGUUAUUGAAAAUAAAGGUUAGCUUAAAUUAUGUCAA